AUGGUUACGACCACCACCACCACCACCACCACCAAUCCAGCUGUGAAGAAUGAUCGGUUAGCGAUUUCGGAAACGGCGGGGUGUUCGAUGAGGAGGAACCUUGCGGUGAAUACGUUUUCGUCGCUUGAGAAUUCUACUCCGCUGGAUUUCUUUAUUGAUGACUUGAUUGUGGAACCUGGCUUGUUGAGUCUGGGUGACUCGGUGGCUGAAGAUGAUUAUUUUCAGAUCGAUGAGUUCAUCUCUGAUGCUGUUCUGCCCUCUAAGCUGCCGAGGCAGUUACAUGACAUAGCGAGCGAGUUAGCUGAGACUUCGAGAUCCAUGAGUCUUGACACCGGGAGCGAACAUACCAUGCUUAAAACAACGGUGCUAGACGCGCUAUUCACAGUCGAGAAUUUAACCGUCUUCAUCACAGCCUUUUUUCACUCGCUUCAUUGGCAUAUGCCCGUCGUGCAUUGCCCAACCUUUGAUCCUGCCAACGUCUCCAACAGCCUCUUACUAGCAAUCUUCCUCGCAGGCGCAGUUUAUACAAUCCCAUUCCAGAGCGCGGAUUUAGUAUUGCCACCUUCCCUUCUCAGUGUAGCUGAGGAGUACGUAUUCCGCAAAGUCGCGAAUCUAUCGGCGACAACAACACCCUCGGAUCAACCAGUCAGAGGCUACGCGAUAGAAACAGUUCAGGCAGCACUCAUACUCGAGAUGUUGCAAUUCUCACAGGGAGAUCCAUUAAUACGACGACGGAUAAGGAUUGUGAGACACCCGUGUCUGGUCUCGACGAUACGGUCCAUGGGGCUUUUUCGGUAUAAACGACGCCAGGCUCCUGGGGUGAGUGACGAGGAUAAAUGGAGGGAGCUUGCGGUGGAGGAAGUUUGUAUCAGGGUCGCAUGCUGGACAUUCCUAGCCGAUGGGUUUUUGACCGUCUGCUUCAAGAAUCAUCCGCAACUCACGAUUCUCGAGAUGGACUGUGAUUUUCCAUGGAGUACGGAAUUGUUUGAGGCUGAGAGCGUGUCUUCCUUCAACGAGAUGGCCGCCGCACAAACAACCGGGCCGUCACUCCCUACGCUACGAAAAGUCGCGGAGAGUCUGCUUCAGAUGCCGUCUUCUGGCAAUCGAAUAUCAUGGGAUCGAUCGUUAUCGGUUGAGCAUCUUUUAAUGCUCAUAUAUGCAAUGAACUCCCUCGCCUUCCAAGCACGCUCCGGCUUGCUGGGCUUCAUAUCAAUAGACACCAUCAAACACGCCGCCAUGAACUGGAGCACAUUAUGGAAAUCAGUCUCUCAUCAUUUCCACUUCGCGGCGACAACGACAACGCAUACAACGACGACGGAGCAAAAUCUGCACUUGGGCUAUCCGAAGCAUGCAGAGGAAUUAUGGUGGCUGUUGAUGACUACGCUUGAUGCGGCUGCGAAUAAUAGCGGAAGAAAUGGGAAGAAGUUUCAGUACUUGGAUAGUAAUGCGACGGAUGAUUUGGGGAAGUUGAAUGAGUUUAUUCAGUUUGCGAGGCCGAGGGUCGUAUAA